GGGCCUGAACAGUCUCUACACUUAGGUCCCAGAUCGUCACCAUGAAGCUGAUACUUCUGUACCUGGCUGUGGUGCUCUGCUUUGUUGGCAAAGGUGCAGCACGAAGUCCCACUACGACUAGAACACCCACACCCAGUACUUCAGAAAAAGCAUCCCAUGUUCCAGAAGCGACUCCCACAUACUCAGAAGCAAAUGAAGUUGCUGGUGAAGCAACUAUGUGGGGCAAGGACAAGUACAAAGCUCUCAAUGGCCACAUCUUUUCCUUCGAGUCUGAGUGCACAUUCACUUUCUGCCGCGAUUGUGCUGAGCCUGGAGGAGACUUCAACAUUGAGAUCAAAAAGCAUAAGAAUGGUGAUAUUGAAGAAAUCAAAGCUCUGAUCGAUGACGUUGAGAUCUUGGUUGUGCGUAAUAGUAUUUCUGUCAAUGAAGAAAGGGUAAAGGUACCAUUCAGCAAUAAGAUGAUUCAUAUUAAGAAGCAAGGCAACCACUAUUCUCUCAAAACCCGCAGAAGAAUCUUGUCUCUAAAGUGGAGCAAGGACAAACUCUCACUCAUUCUUUAUAGCCACUAUACAACCUGUGGUCUUUGCGGCAACUUCGACAGCGUCCCAGGUGACGAUGUUAAUGAGCAUAUUGCCAGUAGUAAGAUCUCCAAUGACUGCCCCAGCCCUUUGAGCAGGAGCAAUGAAGUCUGCGAGGAUGGAGUCCAGUACUGUGACAAAAUUAUUGAAACGUACUUUGAGAAAUGUUCGAAAGUUUCCCCCUUAUCCCGUGAGUACAAAAACGUGUGUGCUGAUGAGUACUGUCGAAAAGGAGGAGGCAAGCAGACUACGUGUGAUACCUACUCGGAACUGGCCCGCCUAUGUGCCUAUGAUGGUCCUGGUGACUAUGAACACUGGCGAGAUGACUCUGCUGUGGUUUGUGCAAAGGAACAAUGUCCAGGGAAGCACAUCUACAAAGAAUGUGGACCUUCAAAUCCUCCAACGUGCUCCAAUGUGGCUCCCUUUCAAGACAGUGAAUGUGUGAGUGGCUGCACCUGUCCAGAAGGUUACCUAUUGGAUGACAUUGGAGAGAAAGGAAAGUGUGUAUUAAAGGAAAAAUGUCCCUGUGAAUCUAAUGGAAAAGUGUACAAGCCAGGAAAAGUCCGCGAAGGCCCCUGUGGCUCUCGGUGCACAUGCCAAGAAGCUAAGUGGUCUUGCACUGAAGCUCGAUGUCCUGGGAUAUGUAAAGUAGAAGGGAGCUCCUUUACCACUUUUGAUGACAAUAAAUUUAGCCACCCUGGAGACUGCCACUUCUUGGCUGUCCAUAAUGAUGAAAUUUCUAUUAGCGUGGAGAUCCACCCAUGCGGGAAUGGUCAGACGGGAUCGUGUUUAACUAGUGUUAUGGUUCUCCAGAAUUCUUCUUCUUCAAGUAACAGAUAUGUGUUCAACCGUGAUGGGACAGUCACAAAGGAUGGAGUUAUAAUUAAAGGUUAUUACUAUUCAGAUGAUGUGCAGAUCUUCAAUUCAUCCUCUUCGUACAUGCAAGCAGAGAUUCUCUCACACAUAAAACUGCAAAUACAAUUGGCCCCUAGGAUGCAGUUGUAUGUGUCCUUGGCUCCUAACACAUCCACAGACACUGUAGGUCUUUGUGGUUCCUUCAACAAUAAGGCAGAAGAUGAUUUCAUGUCAAGUCAGAACAUUUUGGAGAGCACAGCUCAGGCAUUUGCUAACUCCUGGGAGAUGAUGCCUUGCUCUGAGGGAAGCCCCUCUUCCUGUGUCAGCAUUGAAACAGAGAAGUUUGCUGAAAGUAACUGUGAGAUUCUUCUCAGUUCAAGUGGGCCUUUUGCUGCUUGUCAUCAGACUGUGAACCCCAAAUUCUAUCAUGAGGAAUGCAAAAAAUAUACGUGCUCUUGUGAAAACGGUCAGGAUUGCCUGUGUACAGUCUUGGGGAACUAUGUGAAGGCAUGUGCUGAGAAGGAAAUAUACCUCGUGGGCUGGAGAGAUGGACUGUGUGAGGUGUCUUGUCCAAGUGGUCUUGUCUUCAACUACAAAGUAAAAACCUGCAACAGUUCUUGCCGAUCGCUGUCGGCACGAGACCGAAGCUGUGAUAUAGAAGACAUUCCGGUUGACGGAUGUACUUGCCCUGAUGGAAUGUACCAGAAUAAUGAAGGGAACUGUGUUCAGAAAUCUGAGUGUGACUGCUAUGUUAAUGAUGAGAUCGUGCAACCUGGCAAAUCGAUUCUUAUUGAUGACAAUAAGUGUGUCUGUCAGGAUGGAGUGCUUCAUUGCCAAACUCCCCUUGAUUUAACCCUACAAAACUGUUCCAGAGGGGCUGAAUACAUAGACUGCAAAGACCCCAAGGCCCAGAGAAGGACAGAAAGGACAUGUGCUACCCGGAACAUACCUGAUUUUGAGGGUGACUUGCCUUGCAAACGUGGGUGCUACUGUCCUGUAGGAAUGGUCCGUAACUCUAAAGGGAUAUGUAUACAUCCUGAUGACUGUCCCUGCUCUUUUGGUGACAGAGAAUAUGAACAGGGAAGUGUUACUUCUGUUGGCUGCAAUGAGUGUACUUGCAUAAAAGGGUCUUGGAACUGUACCCAGAAUGAGUGCCAAUCAACUUGCCAUGUCUACGGAGAAGGACAUUUCAGAACUUUUGAUGGAGAAAGUUACAGUUUCGACGGGCUCUGCCAGUAUACAUUCCUUGAGGAUUACUGUGGCCAAGAAAAUGGCACAUUCCGUAUUUUAAUCGAGAGUGUCCCCUGCUGUGAAAAUGGGCUUACUUGCUCCAGAAAAGUCAUCGUGACAUUCCAGGAUCAGAACAUCAUCUUACAAGAUGGCAAAGUGACAGCAGUUCAAACUGCGGAGAGUACAGAUUGCAGGGAGCGUAGUGCGAACUUGUACUCGAUCCACACGGUUGGCCUGUACCUGAUUGUGAAGCUUCUGAACGGAAUUAUCCUGAUCUGGGACAAAUACACAAAAGUAUCAGUUAUCCUGGACCCAAGUUGGCAGAACAAAGUGUGUGGUCUUUGUGGAAACAACAAUGGUGACCUUAAGGAUGACUUCACAACAAGGCACUCUUCCGUAGCUGCCGGUGCACUGGAAUUUGCCAACAGCUGGAAAACAUCUCAGGAAUGUUCAGACACAGUAACUCAAAGCUUCCCGUGUGACUCGAACCCAUACUGCAAAGCCUGGGCUGAGAAGAGAUGUGAGAUCCUCAGGGAUGACACCUUCAGGGACUGCCAUAGCAAGGUGGACCCCACGACCUACUACGAUGCAUGUAUUGAAGAAGCCUGUUCAUGUGACAUGGAGGGGAAGUACCUUGGGUUCUGUACUGCUGUGGCAAUGUAUGCAGAGGCAUGCAAUGCAGCCGGAGUCUGUGUCUCAUGGAGAAAGCCAAACCUCUGCCCUGUGUACUGCGACUACUACAAUGCCCCCGGGGAAUGCAGCUGGCACUACGAACCCUGCGGUACAGUGACGGCCAAAACGUGCAAAGAUCAGGUCAUUGGCCAGAAGUUUUCCUCACUUUUAGAAGGCUGUUAUGCUAAGUGUCCAGAAAAUGCACCCUAUCUGGACGAGAACACUAUGAAGUGUGUCCAGUUAUCAGAGUGUAGCUGCUUCUACAACGAUGUCAUACCAGCAGGUGGCGCUGUUGUGGAUGACUGUGGAAGAACAUGCUCCUGCUCUGCCGGCGAGUUGGAGUGCAGUGAAACUCCUCCAAAUUCAACAACAACAACAACAGCAACAACAGCAGCAGUCUCUACGGCCACAACUACUUCCGUAUUAAGCACAUCAGCAGCAGCGACAAGGGCCAGCAGCUCGACCUCAGGAUCGGUAGAAACCUCAGUUCCUGCUACAACCUCAACCAGUAAAGCACAAGCACACAUCACCACAGCAUCUUCUACUGAAACCUCAGCUCUCAACUCCACAGCUGUGUAUCCAAAAGCCACAACAAGAGAAGGUCUGCUUUCAAGCUCAGGUCCUGGUGCUUUUGUAGCUGAAAGACCUGACAACACUCCACGCCCAGCUGUAAGCACAACCUCUGCUGGUUCCACAUCUGCAAGAGCCGCCACCACCUCCCCAGGAGGUUCAUCUGGGUCCUCUGCUCCUGCCAGCUCCACAUCUGGGAGAGCUGCCACCACCACCAGCACCUCCGCCGCCACGACCACCACCACAACCACCGCCACCACAGUGGGUUCUGCUGGGUCCUCUGCUCCCACUGCCUCGUCCACAGCUGCUGGGAGUGGCCUGAGGGAAGCCGCUAAUGCAACCUCAGCACCUGCCUCCACAUCUGGACAGCCUGGCGCCUCAACGGGAUCUUCUGGGACCUCGUCCAGUGUGUCAUCUACUGCUGCCGCCACCACAGCAGGCACCACCACAGCAGCCUCUAAUGAGACCUCAGCUCCUGCCUCCACAGCUGGGCCUACCAGCUCUGCCACCACGGCAGCCCCUGCUUCAAGCUCAGCUUCUUCGGCCACCACACCGGCUGAAACAGCUGGCAGCACCACAGGCCCAGCUGUAAGCACAACCUCUGCUGGUUCCACAUCUGCAAGAGCCGCCACCACCUCCCCAGGAGGUUCAUCUGGGUCCUCUGCUCCUGCCAGUUCCACAUCUGGGAGAGCUGCCACCACCACCAGCACCGCCACCACCACGACCACCACCACCACCACCGCCACCACAGUGGGUUCUGCUGGGUCCUCUGCUCCCACUGCCUCGUCCACAGCUGCUGGGAGUGGCCUGAGGGAAGCCGCUAAUGCAACCUCAGCACCUGCCUCCACAUCUGGACAGCCUGGCGCCUCAACGGGAUCUUCUGGGACCUCGUCCAGUGUGUCAUCUACUGCUGCCGCCACCACAGCAGGCACCACCACAGCAGCCUCUAAUGAGACCUCAGCUCCUGCCUCCACAGCUGGGCCUACCAGCUCUGCCACCACGGCAGCCCCUGCUUCAAGCUCAGCUUCUUCGGCCACCACACCGGCUGAAACAGCUGGCAGCACCACAGGCCCAGCUGUAAGCACAACCUCUGCUGGUUCCACAUCUGCAAGAGCCGCCACCACCUCCCCAGGAGGUUCAUCUGGGUCCUCUGCUCCUGCCAGUUCCACAUCUGGGAGAGCUGCCACCACCACCAGCACCGCCACCACCACGACCACCACCACCACCACCGCCACCACAGUGGGUUCUGCUGGGUCCUCUGCUCCCACUGCCUCGUCCACAGCUGCUGGGAGUGGCCUGAGGGAAGCCGCUAAUGCAACCUCAGCACCUGCCUCCACAUCUGGACAGCCUGGCGCCUCAACGGGAUCUUCUGGGACCUCGUCCAGUGUGUCAUCUACUGCUGCCGCCACCACAGCAGGCACCACCACAGCAGCCUCUAAUGAGACCUCAGCUCCUGCCUCCACAGCUGGGCCUACCAGCUCUGCCACCACGGCAGCCCCUGCUUCAAGCUCAGCUUCUUCGGCCACCACACCGGCUGAAACAGCUGGCAGCACCACAGGCCCAGCUGUAAGCACAACCUCUGCUGGUUCCACAUCUGCAAGAGCCGCCACCACCUCCCCAGGAGGUUCAUCUGGGUCCUCUGCUCCUGCCAGUUCCACAUCUGGGAGAGCUGCCACCACCACCAGCACCGCCACCACCACGACCACCACCACCACCACCGCCACCACAGUGGGUUCUGCUGGGUCCUCUGCUCCCACUGCCUCGUCCACAGCUGCUGGGAGUGGCCUGAGGGAAGCCGCUAAUGCAACCUCAGCACCUGCCUCCACAUCUGGACAGCCUGGCGCCUCAACGGGAUCUUCUGGGACCUCGUCCAGUGUGUCAUCUACUGCUGCCGCCACCACAGCAGGCACCACCACAGCAGCCUCUAAUGAGACCUCAGCUCCUGCCUCCACAGCUGGGCCUACCAGCUCUGCCACCACGGCAGCCCCUGCUUCAAGCUCAGCUUCUUCGGCCACCACACCGGCUGAAACAGCUGGCAGCACCACAGGCCCAGCUGUAAGCACAACCUCUGCUGGUUCCACAUCUGCAAGAGCCGCCACCACCUCCCCAGGAGGUUCAUCUGGGUCCUCUGCUCCUGCCAGUUCCACAUCUGGGAGAGCUGCCACCACCACCAGCACCGCCACCACCACGACCACCACCACCACCACCGCCACCACAGUGGGUUCUGCUGGGUCCUCUGCUCCCACUGCCUCGUCCACAGCUGCUGGGAGUGGCCUGAGGGAAGCCGCUAAUGCAACCUCAGCACCUGCCUCCACAUCUGGACAGCCUGGCGCCUCAACGGGAUCUUCUGGGACCUCGUCCAGUGUGUCAUCUACUGCUGCCGCCACCACAGCAGGCACCACCACAGCAGCCUCUAAUGAGACCUCAGCUCCUGCCUCCACAGCUGGGCCUACCAGCUCUGCCACCACGGCAGCCCCUGCUUCAAGCUCAGCUUCUUCGGCCACCACACCGGCUGAAACAGCUGGCAGCACCACAGGCCCAGCUGUAAGCACAACCUCUGCUGGUUCCACAUCUGCAAGAGCCGCCACCACCUCCCCAGGAGGUUCAUCUGGGUCCUCUGCUCCUGCCAGUUCCACAUCUGGGAGAGCUGCCACCACCACCAGCACCGCCACCACCACGACCACCACCACCACCACCGCCACCACAGUGGGUUCUGCUGGGUCCUCUGCUCCCACUGCCUCGUCCACAGCUGCUGGGAGUGGCCUGAGGGAAGCCGCUAAUGCAACCUCAGCACCUGCCUCCACAUCUGGACAGCCUGGCGCCUCAACGGGAUCUUCUGGGACCUCGUCCAGUGUGUCAUCUACUGCUGCCGCCACCACAGCAGGCACCACCACAGCAGCCUCUAAUGAGACCUCAGCUCCUGCCUCCACAGCUGGGCCUACCAGCUCUGCCACCACGGCAGCCCCUGCUUCAAGCUCAGCUUCUUCGGCCACCACACCGGCUGAAACAGCUGGCAGCACCACAGGCCCAGCUGUAAGCACAACCUCUGCUGGUUCCACAUCUGCAAGAGCCGCCACCACCUCCCCAGGAGGUUCAUCUGGGUCCUCUGCUCCUGCCAGUUCCACAUCUGGGAGAGCUGCCACCACCACCAGCACCGCCACCACCACGACCACCACCACCACCACCGCCACCACAGUGGGUUCUGCUGGGUCCUCUGCUCCCACUGCCUCGUCCACAGCUGCUGGGAGUGGCCUGAGGGAAGCCGCUAAUGCAACCUCAGCACCUGCCUCCACAUCUGGACAGCCUGGCGCCUCAACGGGAUCUUCUGGGACCUCGUCCAGUGUGUCAUCUACUGCUGCCGCCACCACAGCAGGCACCACCACAGCAGCCUCUAAUGAGACCUCAGCUCCUGCCUCCACAGCUGGGCCUACCAGCUCUGCCACCACGGCAGCCCCUGCUUCAAGCUCAGCUUCUUCGGCCACCACACCGGCUGAAACAGCUGGCAGCACCACAGGCCCAGCUGUAAGCACAACCUCUGCUGGUUCCACAUCUGCAAGAGCCGCCACCACCUCCCCAGGAGGUUCAUCUGGGUCCUCUGCUCCUGCCAGUUCCACAUCUGGGAGAGCUGCCACCACCACCAGCACCGCCACCACCACGACCACCACCACCACCACCGCCACCACAGUGGGUUCUGCUGGGUCCUCUGCUCCCACUGCCUCGUCCACAGCUGCUGGGAGUGGCCUGAGGGAAGCCGCUAAUGCAACCUCAGCACCUGCCUCCACAUCUGGACAGCCUGGCGCCUCAACGGGAUCUUCUGGGACCUCGUCCAGUGUGUCAUCUACUGCUGCCGCCACCACAGCAGGCACCACCACAGCAGCCUCUAAUGAGACCUCAGCUCCUGCCUCCACAGCUGGGCCUACCAGCUCUGCCACCACGGCAGCCCCUGCUUCAAGCUCAGCUUCUUCGGCCACCACACCGGCUGAAACAGCUGGCAGCACCACAGGCCCAGCUGUAAGCACAACCUCUGCUGGUUCCACAUCUGCAAGAGCCGCCACCACCUCCCCAGGAGGUUCAUCUGGGUCCUCUGCUCCUGCCAGUUCCACAUCUGGGAGAGCUGCCACCACCACCAGCACCGCCACCACCACGACCACCACCACCACCACCGCCACCACAGUGGGUUCUGCUGGGUCCUCUGCUCCCACUGCCUCGUCCACAGCUGCUGGGAGUGGCCUGAGGGAAGCCGCUAAUGCAACCUCAGCACCUGCCUCCACAUCUGGACAGCCUGGCGCCUCAACGGGAUCUUCUGGGACCUCGUCCAGUGUGUCAUCUACUGCUGCCGCCACCACAGCAGGCACCACCACAGCAGCCUCUAAUGAGACCUCAGCUCCUGCCUCCACAGCUGGGCCUACCAGCUCUGCCACCACGGCAGCCCCUGCUUCAAGCUCAGCUUCUUCGGCCACCACACCGGCUGAAACAGCUGGCAGCACCACAGGCCCAGCUGUAAGCACAACCUCUGCUGGUUCCACAUCUGCAAGAGCCGCCACCACCUCCCCAGGAGGUUCAUCUGGGUCCUCUGCUCCUGCCAGUUCCACAUCUGGGAGAGCUGCCACCACCACCAGCACCGCCACCACCACGACCACCACCACCACCACCGCCACCACAGUGGGUUCUGCUGGGUCCUCUGCUCCCACUGCCUCGUCCACAGCUGCUGGGAGUGGCCUGAGGGAAGCCGCUAAUGCAACCUCAGCACCUGCCUCCACAUCUGGACAGCCUGGCGCCUCAACGGGAUCUUCUGGGACCUCGUCCAGUGUGUCAUCUACUGCUGCCGCCACCACAGCAGGCACCACCACAGCAGCCUCUAAUGAGACCUCAGCUCCUGCCUCCACAGCUGGGCCUACCAGCUCUGCCACCACGGCAGCCCCUGCUUCAAGCUCAGCUUCUUCGGCCACCACACCGGCUGAAACAGCUGGCAGCACCACAGGCCCAGCUGUAAGCACAACCUCUGCUGGUUCCACAUCUGCAAGAGCCGCCACCACCUCCCCAGGAGGUUCAUCUGGGUCCUCUGCUCCUGCCAGUUCCACAUCUGGGAGAGCUGCCACCACCACCAGCACCGCCACCACCACGACCACCACCACCACCACCGCCACCACAGUGGGUUCUGCUGGGUCCUCUGCUCCCACUGCCUCGUCCACAGCUGCUGGGAGUGGCCUGAGGGAAGCCGCUAAUGCAACCUCAGCACCUGCCUCCACAUCUGGACAGCCUGGCGCCUCAACGGGAUCUUCUGGGACCUCGUCCAGUGUGUCAUCUACUGCUGCCGCCACCACAGCAGGCACCACCACAGCAGCCUCUAAUGAGACCUCAGCUCCUGCCUCCACAGCUGGGCCUACCAGCUCUGCCACCACGGCAGCCCCUGCUUCAAGCUCAGCUUCUUCGGCCACCACACCGGCUGAAACAGCUGGCAGCACCACAGGCCCAGCUGUAAGCACAACCUCUGCUGGUUCCACAUCUGCAAGAGCCGCCACCACCUCCCCAGGAGGUUCAUCUGGGUCCUCUGCUCCUGCCAGUUCCACAUCUGGGAGAGCUGCCACCACCACCAGCACCGCCACCACCACGACCACCACCACCACCACCGCCACCACAGUGGGUUCUGCUGGGUCCUCUGCUCCCACUGCCUCGUCCACAGCUGCUGGGAGUGGCCUGAGGGAAGCCGCUAAUGCAACCUCAGCACCUGCCUCCACAUCUGGACAGCCUGGCGCCUCAACGGGAUCUUCUGGGACCUCGUCCAGUGUGUCAUCUACUGCUGCCGCCACCACAGCAGGCACCACCACAGCAGCCUCUAAUGAGACCUCAGCUCCUGCCUCCACAGCUGGGCCUACCAGCUCUGCCACCACGGCAGCCCCUGCUUCAAGCUCAGCUUCUUCGGCCACCACACCGGCUGAAACAGCUGGCAGCACCACAGGCCCAGCUGUAAGCACAACCUCUGCUGGUUCCACAUCUGCAAGAGCCGCCACCACCUCCCCAGGAGGUUCAUCUGGGUCCUCUGCUCCUGCCAGUUCCACAUCUGGGAGAGCUGCCACCACCACCAGCACCGCCACCACCACGACCACCACCACCACCACCGCCACCACAGUGGGUUCUGCUGGGUCCUCUGCUCCCACUGCCUCGUCCACAGCUGCUGGGAGUGGCCUGAGGGAAGCCGCUAAUGCAACCUCAGCACCUGCCUCCACAUCUGGACAGCCUGGCGCCUCAACGGGAUCUUCUGGGACCUCGUCCAGUGUGUCAUCUACUGCUGCCGCCACCACAGCAGGCACCACCACAGCAGCCUCUAAUGAGACCUCAGCUCCUGCCUCCACAGCUGGGCCUACCAGCUCUGCCACCACGGCAGCCCCUGCUUCAAGCUCAGCUUCUUCGGCCACCACACCGGCUGAAACAGCUGGCAGCACCACAGGCCCAGCUGUAAGCACAACCUCUGCUGGUUCCACAUCUGCAAGAGCCGCCACCACCUCCCCAGGAGGUUCAUCUGGGUCCUCUGCUCCUGCCAGUUCCACAUCUGGGAGAGCUGCCACCACCACCAGCACCGCCACCACCACGACCACCACCACCACCACCGCCACCACAGUGGGUUCUGCUGGGUCCUCUGCUCCCACUGCCUCGUCCACAGCUGCUGGGAGUGGCCUGAGGGAAGCCGCUAAUGCAACCUCAGCACCUGCCUCCACAUCUGGACAGCCUGGCGCCUCAACGGGAUCUUCUGGGACCUCGUCCAGUGUGUCAUCUACUGCUGCCGCCACCACAGCAGGCACCACCACAGCAGCCUCUAAUGAGACCUCAGCUCCUGCCUCCACAGCUGGGCCUACCAGCUCUGCCACCACGGCAGCCCCUGCUUCAAGCUCAGCUUCUUCGGCCACCACACCGGCUGAAACAGCUGGCAGCACCACAGGCCCAGCUGUAAGCACAACCUCUGCUGGUUCCACAUCUGCAAGAGCCGCCACCACCUCCCCAGGAGGUUCAUCUGGGUCCUCUGCUCCUGCCAGUUCCACAUCUGGGAGAGCUGCCACCACCACCAGCACCGCCACCACCACGACCACCACCACCACCACCGCCACCACAGUGGGUUCUGCUGGGUCCUCUGCUCCCACUGCCUCGUCCACAGCUGCUGGGAGUGGCCUGAGGGAAGCCGCUAAUGCAACCUCAGCACCUGCCUCCACAUCUGGACAGCCUGGCGCCUCAACGGGAUCUUCUGGGACCUCGUCCAGUGUGUCAUCUACUGCUGCCGCCACCACAGCAGGCACCACCACAGCAGCCUCUAAUGAGACCUCAGCUCCUGCCUCCACAGCUGGGCCUACCAGCUCUGCCACCACGGCAGCCCCUGCUUCAAGCUCAGCUUCUUCGGCCACCACACCGGCUGAAACAGCUGGCAGCACCACAGGCCCAGCUGUAAGCACAACCUCUGCUGGUUCCACAUCUGCAAGAGCCGCCACCACCUCCCCAGGAGGUUCAUCUGGGUCCUCUGCUCCUGCCAGUUCCACAUCUGGGAGAGCUGCCACCACCACCAGCACCGCCACCACCACGACCACCACCACCACCACCGCCACCACAGUGGGUUCUGCUGGGUCCUCUGCUCCCACUGCCUCGUCCACAGCUGCUGGGAGUGGCCUGAGGGAAGCCGCUAAUGCAACCUCAGCACCUGCCUCCACAUCUGGACAGCCUGGCGCCUCAACGGGAUCUUCUGGGACCUCGUCCAGUGUGUCAUCUACUGCUGCCGCCACCACAGCAGGCACCACCACAGCAGCCUCUAAUGAGACCUCAGCUCCUGCCUCCACAGCUGGGCCUACCAGCUCUGCCACCACGGCAGCCCCUGCUUCAAGCUCAGCUUCUUCGGCCACCACACCGGCUGAAACAGCUGGCAGCACCACAGGCCCAGCUGUAAGCACAACCUCUGCUGGUUCCACAUCUGCAAGAGCCGCCACCACCUCCCCAGGAGGUUCAUCUGGGUCCUCUGCUCCUGCCAGUUCCACAUCUGGGAGAGCUGCCACCACCACCAGCACCGCCACCACCACGACCACCACCACCACCACCGCCACCACAGUGGGUUCUGCUGGGUCCUCUGCUCCCACUGCCUCGUCCACAGCUGCUGGGAGUGGCCUGAGGGAAGCCGCUAAUGCAACCUCAGCACCUGCCUCCACAUCUGGACAGCCUGGCGCCUCAACGGGAUCUUCUGGGACCUCGUCCAGUGUGUCAUCUACUGCUGCCGCCACCACAGCAGGCACCACCACAGCAGCCUCUAAUGAGACCUCAGCUCCUGCCUCCACAGCUGGGCCUACCAGCUCUGCCACCACGGCAGCCCCUGCUUCAAGCUCAGCUUCUUCGGCCACCACACCGGCUGAAACAGCUGGCAGCACCACAGGCCCAGCUGUAAGCACAACCUCUGCUGGUUCCACAUCUGCAAGAGCCGCCACCACCUCCCCAGGAGGUUCAUCUGGGUCCUCUGCUCCUGCCAGUUCCACAUCUGGGAGAGCUGCCACCACCACCAGCACCGCCACCACCACGACCACCACCACCACCACCGCCACCACAGUGGGUUCUGCUGGGUCCUCUGCUCCCACUGCCUCGUCCACAGCUGCUGGGAGUGGCCUGAGGGAAGCCGCUAAUGCAACCUCAGCACCUGCCUCCACAUCUGGACAGCCUGGCGCCUCAACGGGAUCUUCUGGGACCUCGUCCAGUGUGUCAUCUACUGCUGCCGCCACCACAGCAGGCACCACCACAGCAGCCUCUAAUGAGACCUCAGCUCCUGCCUCCACAGCUGGGCCUACCAGCUCUGCCACCACGGCAGCCCCUGCUUCAAGCUCAGCUUCUUCGGCCACCACACCGGCUGAAACAGCUGGCAGCACCACAGGCCCAGCUGUAAGCACAACCUCUGCUGGUUCCACAUCUGCAAGAGCCGCCACCACCUCCCCAGGAGGUUCAUCUGGGUCCUCUGCUCCUGCCAGUUCCACAUCUGGGAGAGCUGCCACCACCACCAGCACCGCCACCACCACGACCACCACCACCACCACCGCCACCACAGUGGGUUCUGCUGGGUCCUCUGCUCCCACUGCCUCGUCCACAGCUGCUGGGAGUGGCCUGAGGGAAGCCGCUAAUGCAACCUCAGCACCUGCCUCCACAUCUGGACAGCCUGGCGCCUCAACGGGAUCUUCUGGGACCUCGUCCAGUGUGUCAUCUACUGCUGCCGCCACCACAGCAGGCACCACCACAGCAGCCUCUAAUGAGACCUCAGCUCCUGCCUCCACAGCUGGGCCUACCAGCUCUGCCACCACGGCAGCCCCUGCUUCAAGCUCAGCUUCUUCGGCCACCACACCGGCUGAAACAGCUGGCAGCACCACAGGCCCAGCUGUAAGCACAACCUCUGCUGGUUCCACAUCUGCAAGAGCCGCCACCACCUCCCCAGGAGGUUCAUCUGGGUCCUCUGCUCCUGCCAGUUCCACAUCUGGGAGAGCUGCCACCACCACCAGCACCGCCACCACCACGACCACCACCACCACCACCGCCACCACAGUGGGUUCUGCUGGGUCCUCUGCUCCCACUGCCUCGUCCACAGCUGCUGGGAGUGGCCUGAGGGAAGCCGCUAAUGCAACCUCAGCACCUGCCUCCACAUCUGGACAGCCUGGCGCCUCAACGGGAUCUUCUGGGACCUCGUCCAGUGUGUCAUCUACUGCUGCCGCCACCACAGCAGGCACCACCACAGCAGCCUCUAAUGAGACCUCAGCUCCUGCCUCCACAGCUGGGCCUACCAGCUCUGCCACCACGGCAGCCCCUGCUUCAAGCUCAGCUUCUUCGGCCACCACACCGGCUGAAACAGCUGGCAGCACCACAGGCCCAGCUGUAAGCACAACCUCUGCUGGUUCCACAUCUGCAAGAGCCGCCACCACCUCCCCAGGAGGUUCAUCUGGGUCCUCUGCUCCUGCCAGUUCCACAUCUGGGAGAGCUGCCACCACCACCAGCACCGCCACCACCACGACCACCACCACCACCACCGCCACCACAGUGGGUUCUGCUGGGUCCUCUGCUCCCACUGCCUCGUCCACAGCUGCUGGGAGUGGCCUGAGGGAAGCCGCUAAUGCAACCUCAGCACCUGCCUCCACAUCUGGACAGCCUGGCGCCUCAACGGGAUCUUCUGGGACCUCGUCCAGUGUGUCAUCUACUGCUGCCGCCACCACAGCAGGCACCACCACAGCAGCCUCUAAUGAGACCUCAGCUCCUGCCUCCACAGCUGGGCCUACCAGCUCUGCCACCACGGCAGCCCCUGCUUCAAGCUCAGCUUCUUCGGCCACCACACCGGCUGAAACAGCUGGCAGCACCACAGGCCCAGCUGUAAGCACAACCUCUGCUGGUUCCACAUCUGCAAGAGCCGCCACCACCUCCCCAGGAGGUUCAUCUGGGUCCUCUGCUCCUGCCAGUUCCACAUCUGGGAGAGCUGCCACCACCACCAGCACCGCCACCACCACGACCACCACCACCACCACCGCCACCACAGUGGGUUCUGCUGGGUCCUCUGCUCCCACUGCCUCGUCCACAGCUGCUGGGAGUGGCCUGAGGGAAGCCGCUAAUGCAACCUCAGCACCUGCCUCCACAUCUGGACAGCCUGGCGCCUCAACGGGAUCUUCUGGGACCUCGUCCAGUGUGUCAUCUACUGCUGCCGCCACCACAGCAGGCACCACCACAGCAGCCUCUAAUGAGACCUCAGCUCCUGCCUCCACAGCUGGGCCUACCAGCUCUGCCACCACGGCAGCCCCUGCUUCAAGCUCAGCUUCUUCGGCCACCACACCGGCUGAAACAGCUGGCAGCACCACAGGCCCAGCUGUAAGCACAACCUCUGCUGGUUCCACAUCUGCAAGAGCCGCCACCACCUCCCCAGGAGGUUCAUCUGGGUCCUCUGCUCCUGCCAGUUCCACAUCUGGGAGAGCUGCCACCACCACCAGCACCGCCACCACCACGACCACCACCACCACCACCGCCACCACAGUGGGUUCUGCUGGGUCCUCUGCUCCCACUGCCUCGUCCACAGCUGCUGGGAGUGGCCUGAGGGAAGCCGCUAAUGCAACCUCAGCACCUGCCUCCACAUCUGGACAGCCUGGCGCCUCAACGGGAUCUUCUGGGACCUCGUCCAGUGUGUCAUCUACUGCUGCCGCCACCACAGCAGGCACCACCACAGCAGCCUCUAAUGAGACCUCAGCUCCUGCCUCCACAGCUGGGCCUACCAGCUCUGCCACCACGGCAGCCCCUGCUUCAAGCUCAGCUUCUUCGGCCACCACACCGGCUGAAACAGCUGGCAGCACCACAGGCCCAGCUGUAAGCACAACCUCUGCUGGUUCCACAUCUGCAAGAGCCGCCACCACCUCCCCAGGAGGUUCAUCUGGGUCCUCUGCUCCUGCCAGUUCCACAUCUGGGAGAGCUGCCACCACCACCAGCACCGCCACCACCACGACCACCACCACCACCACCGCCACCACAGUGGGUUCUGCUGGGUCCUCUGCUCCCACUGCCUCGUCCACAGCUGCUGGGAGUGGCCUGAGGGAAGCCGCUAAUGCAACCUCAGCACCUGCCUCCACAUCUGGACAGCCUGGCGCCUCAACGGGAUCUUCUGGGACCUCGUCCAGUGUGUCAUCUACUGCUGCCGCCACCACAGCAGGCACCACCACAGCAGCCUCUAAUGAGACCUCAGCUCCUGCCUCCACAGCUGGGCCUACCAGCUCUGCCACCACGGCAGCCCCUGCUUCAAGCUCAGCUUCUUCGGCCACCACACCGGCUGAAACAGCUGGCAGCACCACAGGCCCAGCUGUAAGCACAACCUCUGCUGGUUCCACAUCUGCAAGAGCCGCCACCACCUCCCCAGGAGGUUCAUCUGGGUCCUCUGCUCCUGCCAGUUCCACAUCUGGGAGAGCUGCCACCACCACCAGCACCGCCACCACCACGACCACCACCACCACCACCGCCACCACAGUGGGUUCUGCUGGGUCCUCUGCUCCCACUGCCUCGUCCACAGCUGCUGGGAGUGGCCUGAGGGAAGCCGCUAAUGCAACCUCAGCACCUGCCUCCACAUCUGGACAGCCUGGCGCCUCAACGGGAUCUUCUGGGACCUCGUCCAGUGUGUCAUCUACUGCUGCCGCCACCACAGCAGGCACCACCACAGCAGCCUCUAAUGAGACCUCAGCUCCUGCCUCCACAGCUGGGCCUACCAGCUCUGCCACCACGGCAGCCCCUGCUUCAAGCUCAGCUUCUUCGGCCACCACACCGGCUGAAACAGCUGGCAGCACCACAGGCCCAGCUGUAAGCACAACCUCUGCUGGUUCCACAUCUGCAAGAGCCGCCACCACCUCCCCAGGAGGUUCAUCUGGGUCCUCUGCUCCUGCCAGUUCCACAUCUGGGAGAGCUGCCACCACCACCAGCACCGCCACCACCACGACCACCACCACCACCACCGCCACCACAGUGGGUUCUGCUGGGUCCUCUGCUCCCACUGCCUCGUCCACAGCUGCUGGGAGUGGCCUGAGGGAAGCCGCUAAUGCAACCUCAGCACCUGCCUCCACAUCUGGACAGCCUGGCGCCUCAACGGGAUCUUCUGGGACCUCGUCCAGUGUGUCAUCUACUGCUGCCGCCACCACAGCAGGCACCACCACAGCAGCCUCUAAUGAGACCUCAGCUCCUGCCUCCACAGCUGGGCCUACCAGCUCUGCCACCACGGCAGCCCCUGCUUCAAGCUCAGCUUCUUCGGCCACCACACCGGCUGAAACAGCUGGCAGCACCACAGGCCCAGCUGUAAGCACAACCUCUGCUGGUUCCACAUCUGCAAGAGCCGCCACCACCUCCCCAGGAGGUUCAUCUGGGUCCUCUGCUCCUGCCAGUUCCACAUCUGGGAGAGCUGCCACCACCACCAGCACCGCCACCACCACGACCACCACCACCACCACCGCCACCACAGUGGGUUCUGCUGGGUCCUCUGCUCCCACUGCCUCGUCCACAGCUGCUGGGAGUGGCCUGAGGGAAGCCGCUAAUGCAACCUCAGCACCUGCCUCCACAUCUGGACAGCCUGGCGCCUCAACGGGAUCUUCUGGGACCUCGUCCAGUGUGUCAUCUACUGCUGCCGCCACCACAGCAGGCACCACCACAGCAGCCUCUAAUGAGACCUCAGCUCCUGCCUCCACAGCUGGGCCUACCAGCUCUGCCACCACGGCAGCCCCUGCUUCAAGCUCAGCUUCUUCGGCCACCACACCGGCUGAAACAGCUGGCAGCACCACAGGCCCAGCUGUAAGCACAACCUCUGCUGGUUCCACAUCUGCAAGAGCCGCCACCACCUCCCCAGGAGGUUCAUCUGGGUCCUCUGCUCCUGCCAGUUCCACAUCUGGGAGAGCUGCCACCACCACCAGCACCGCCACCACCACGACCACCACCACCACCACCGCCACCACAGUGGGUUCUGCUGGGUCCUCUGCUCCCACUGCCUCGUCCACAGCUGCUGGGAGUGGCCUGAGGGAAGCCGCUAAUGCAACCUCAGCACCUGCCUCCACAUCUGGACAGCCUGGCGCCUCAACGGGAUCUUCUGGGACCUCGUCCAGUGUGUCAUCUACUGCUGCCGCCACCACAGCAGGCACCACCACAGCAGCCUCUAAUGAGACCUCAGCUCCUGCCUCCACAGCUGGGCCUACCAGCUCUGCCACCACGGCAGCCCCUGCUUCAAGCUCAGCUUCUUCGGCCACCACACCGGCUGAAACAGCUGGCAGCACCACAGGCCCAGCUGUAAGCACAACCUCUGCUGGUUCCACAUCUGCAAGAGCCGCCACCACCUCCCCAGGAGGUUCAUCUGGGUCCUCUGCUCCUGCCAGUUCCACAUCUGGGAGAGCUGCCACCACCACCAGCACCGCCACCACCACGACCACCACCACCACCACCGCCACCACAGUGGGUUCUGCUGGGUCCUCUGCUCCCACUGCCUCGUCCACAGCUGCUGGGAGUGGCCUGAGGGAAGCCGCUAAUGCAACCUCAGCACCUGCCUCCACAUCUGGACAGCCUGGCGCCUCAACGGGAUCUUCUGGGACCUCGUCCAGUGUGUCAUCUACUGCUGCCGCCACCACAGCAGGCACCACCACAGCAGCCUCUAAUGAGACCUCAGCUCCUGCCUCCACAGCUGGGCCUACCAGCUCUGCCACCACGGCAGCCCCUGCUUCAAGCUCAGCUUCUUCGGCCACCACACCGGCUGAAACAGCUGGCAGCACCACAGGCCCAGCUGUAAGCACAACCUCUGCUGGUUCCACAUCUGCAAGAGCCGCCACCACCUCCCCAGGAGGUUCAUCUGGGUCCUCUGCUCCUGCCAGUUCCACAUCUGGGAGAGCUGCCACCACCACCAGCACCGCCACCACCACGACCACCACCACCACCACCGCCACCACAGUGGGUUCUGCUGGGUCCUCUGCUCCCACUGCCUCGUCCACAGCUGCUGGGAGUGGCCUGAGGGAAGCCGCUAAUGCAACCUCAGCACCUGCCUCCACAUCUGGACAGCCUGGCGCCUCAACGGGAUCUUCUGGGACCUCGUCCAGUGUGUCAUCUACUGCUGCCGCCACCACAGCAGGCACCACCACAGCAGCCUCUAAUGAGACCUCAGCUCCUGCCUCCACAGCUGGGCCUACCAGCUCUGCCACCACGGCAGCCCCUGCUUCAAGCUCAGCUUCUUCGGCCACCACACCGGCUGAAACAGCUGGCAGCACCACAGGCCCAGCUGUAAGCACAACCUCUGCUGGUUCCACAUCUGCAAGAGCCGCCACCACCUCCCCAGGAGGUUCAUCUGGGUCCUCUGCUCCUGCCAGUUCCACAUCUGGGAGAGCUGCCACCACCACCAGCACCGCCACCACCACGACCACCACCACCACCACCGCCACCACAGUGGGUUCUGCUGGGUCCUCUGCUCCCACUGCCUCGUCCACAGCUGCUGGGAGUGGCCUGAGGGAAGCCGCUAAUGCAACCUCAGCACCUGCCUCCACAUCUGGACAGCCUGGCGCCUCAACGGGAUCUUCUGGGACCUCGUCCAGUGUGUCAUCUACUGCUGCCGCCACCACAGCAGGCACCACCACAGCAGCCUCUAAUGAGACCUCAGCUCCUGCCUCCACAGCUGGGCCUACCAGCUCUGCCACCACGGCAGCCCCUGCUUCAAGCUCAGCUUCUUCGGCCACCACACCGGCUGAAACAGCUGGCAGCACCACAGGCCCAGCUGUAAGCACAACCUCUGCUGGUUCCACAUCUGCAAGAGCCGCCACCACCUCCCCAGGAGGUUCAUCUGGGUCCUCUGCUCCUGCCAGUUCCACAUCUGGGAGAGCUGCCACCACCACCAGCACCGCCACCACCACGACCACCACCACCACCACCGCCACCACAGUGGGUUCUGCUGGGUCCUCUGCUCCCACUGCCUCGUCCACAGCUGCUGGGAGUGGCCUGAGGGAAGCCGCUAAUGCAACCUCAGCACCUGCCUCCACAUCUGGACAGCCUGGCGCCUCAACGGGAUCUUCUGGGACCUCGUCCAGUGUGUCAUCUACUGCUGCCGCCACCACAGCAGGCACCACCACAGCAGCCUCUAAUGAGACCUCAGCUCCUGCCUCCACAGCUGGGCCUACCAGCUCUGCCACCACGGCAGCCCCUGCUUCAAGCUCAGCUUCUUCGGCCACCACACCGGCUGAAACAGCUGGCAGCACCACAGGCCCAGCUGUAAGCACAACCUCUGCUGGUUCCACAUCUGCAAGAGCCGCCACCACCUCCCCAGGAGGUUCAUCUGGGUCCUCUGCUCCUGCCAGUUCCACAUCUGGGAGAGCUGCCACCACCACCAGCACCGCCACCACCACGACCACCACCACCACCACCGCCACCACAGUGGGUUCUGCUGGGUCCUCUGCUCCCACUGCCUCGUCCACAGCUGCUGGGAGUGGCCUGAGGGAAGCCGCUAAUGCAACCUCAGCACCUGCCUCCACAUCUGGACAGCCUGGCGCCUCAACGGGAUCUUCUGGGACCUCGUCCAGUGUGUCAUCUACUGCUGCCGCCACCACAGCAGGCACCACCACAGCAGCCUCUAAUGAGACCUCAGCUCCUGCCUCCACAGCUGGGCCUACCAGCUCUGCCACCACGGCAGCCCCUGCUUCAAGCUCAGCUUCUUCGGCCACCACACCGGCUGAAACAGCUGGCAGCACCACAGGCCCAGCUGUAAGCACAACCUCUGCUGGUUCCACAUCUGCAAGAGCCGCCACCACCUCCCCAGGAGGUUCAUCUGGGUCCUCUGCUCCUGCCAGUUCCACAUCUGGGAGAGCUGCCACCACCACCAGCACCGCCACCACCACGACCACCACCACCACCACCGCCACCACAGUGGGUUCUGCUGGGUCCUCUGCUCCCACUGCCUCGUCCACAGCUGCUGGGAGUGGCCUGAGGGAAGCCGCUAAUGCAACCUCAGCACCUGCCUCCACAUCUGGACAGCCUGGCGCCUCAACGGGAUCUUCUGGGACCUCGUCCAGUGUGUCAUCUACUGCUGCCGCCACCACAGCAGGCACCACCACAGCAGCCUCUAAUGAGACCUCAGCUCCUGCCUCCACAGCUGGGCCUACCAGCUCUGCCACCACGGCAGCCCCUGCUUCAAGCUCAGCUUCUUCGGCCACCACACCGGCUGAAACAGCUGGCAGCACCACAGGCCCAGCUGUAAGCACAACCUCUGCUGGUUCCACAUCUGCAAGAGCCGCCACCACCUCCCCAGGAGGUUCAUCUGGGUCCUCUGCUCCUGCCAGUUCCACAUCUGGGAGAGCUGCCACCACCACCAGCACCGCCACCACCACGACCACCACCACCACCACCGCCACCACAGUGGGUUCUGCUGGGUCCUCUGCUCCCACUGCCUCGUCCACAGCUGCUGGGAGUGGCCUGAGGGAAGCCGCUAAUGCAACCUCAGCACCUGCCUCCACAUCUGGACAGCCUGGCGCCUCAACGGGAUCUUCUGGGACCUCGUCCAGUGUGUCAUCUACUGCUGCCGCCACCACAGCAGGCACCACCACAGCAGCCUCUAAUGAGACCUCAGCUCCUGCCUCCACAGCUGGGCCUACCAGCUCUGCCACCACGGCAGCCCCUGCUUCAAGCUCAGCUUCUUCGGCCACCACACCGGCUGAAACAGCUGGCAGCACCACAGGCCCAGCUGUAAGCACAACCUCUGCUGGUUCCACAUCUGCAAGAGCCGCCACCACCUCCCCAGGAGGUUCAUCUGGGUCCUCUGCUCCUGCCAGUUCCACAUCUGGGAGAGCUGCCACCACCACCAGCACCGCCACCACCACGACCACCACCACCACCACCGCCACCACAGUGGGUUCUGCUGGGUCCUCUGCUCCCACUGCCUCGUCCACAGCUGCUGGGAGUGGCCUGAGGGAAGCCGCUAAUGCAACCUCAGCACCUGUCUCCACAUCUGGACAGCCUGGCGCCUCAACGGGAUCUUCUGGGACCUCGUCCAGUGUGUCAUCUACUGCUGCCGCCACCACAGCAGGCACCACCACAGCAGCCUCUAAUGAGACCUCAGCUCCUGCCUCCACAGCUGGGCCUACCAGCUCUGCCACCACGGCAGCCCCUGCUUCAAGCUCAGCUUCUUCGGCCACCACACCGGCUGAAACAGCUGGCAGCACCACAGGCCCAGCUGUAAGCACAACCUCUGCUGGUUCCACAUCUGCAAGAGCCGCCACCACCUCCCCAGGAGGUUCAUCUGGGUCCUCUUCUCUUGCUAUUUCCACAAUGUCCGUUUCUUCCUCAUCUUUCAUUUCCCCAUCUGGACAUCCAGUUCCUUCAACAGCUUCUGUAGCAUUCCUCUCAAGUCCUUCAGUCAUUAAAACAGGAGGGACGACUGGAACCACAGCCAAAUCAAAUGAAACAACAGGAAGAACCACCAGUAUGCCAGCUUCCACCUCGGUAGCACCUGGAGUCACAACCAGCCCCAACAUAUCUCAGCCAGAGUGUCCAGACUCACUCCCACCAACCCCAGUGUGUCAUGGUCCACUGGGAGAAGAGAAAUCUCCUGGGGACGUAUGGAUAUCAAAUUGCCAUCAGUGUACCUGUACCGAAAAACAGGCCGUAGAUUGCAAACCUAAAGAGUGUCCUUCUCCACCCACAUGCAAAGAUGGAGAGAAACUAAUGAAGUUUAAAUCGAAUGAUUCCUGCUGUGAGAUUGGCCACUGUGAACCAAGAACAUGUUUAUUUAACAAUACCGAUUAUGCGAUUGGUUCAUCCUUUGAUGACCCAAGCAACCCAUGCCUCUCCUACACCUGCAACCCCACAGGCUUAGUGGCCGUGGUUCAGGACUGCCCAAAGCAAACAUGGUGUGCAGAAGAAGAGAGAAUCUACGAUUCAAAUAAAUGUUGCUAUAAAUGUAAGAAUGACUGCAGGACUACCCCUGUGAACGUGACCGUUAAGUACAAUGGUUGUAGGAAGAGAGUCGAGAUGGCAAGAUGUAUAGGAGAGUGCAAAAGGAGCGUCAAGUACAAUUAUGAGACCUUUCAAUUGGAGAAUUCCUGCUCUUGCUGCCGUGAGGAAAACUAUGAGUUCAGGGACAUUGCACUUGAGUGUUCUGACGGCAGCACCAUCCCUUACAGAUACAGGCACACUACCACCUGCUCUUGUCGGGACCAGUGUGAACAGUCUAAAGCCAGUUAAUGCCCGCGUUGCCUUUCCGGUUGCUCUUAUUCUAGAAGGAUAGAAAAAGAAUCAUUAAAUAAUGAGAAUGGAUGUGUGUGAGUUUGUCUUCUUCAAAAGGCGAGGCUCACAAUGAGGCAUGGUUAUCAUUGUUUUGUUAUUGAUGCUGGCUGGAAAAUAAACGCCAUGGUGCAAGGA